AUGGCUUACACAUUCGUCUUGCCUUGCAGAUCGGUCUCCCAUGGCCUUACCGAUCUCUAUUUCAAUGAUGAGCAAGUCGAUAUUAUGGGUCAUCAAAGCGAGUACGAUGCAGAUGUAGAGACGACCGAUAUCGAGGAGGAUGAAGCUCCGCAGUACGAAGCCAAUAAAAAGACCACUGCAACCACUCAAGCAACGAAUCCCCUAAUCAUUACUUGGAAGGCCCUCAAAACUGCACAAUCGGGUAUCUCAGGGGUCAACGUGGCUCAAGUUGAUAUCUUAGCUCAAGCUGAUAUCCUUCAAGACGGAAACUGGCACGCUGUUCAUACUUCGCAGAUCGAACCCAUCCGGACCAAUCUUCCUCGAUUCGGCGGCUGGACACCCAUCAACAAUCCACCAAGCAACUCGUCACCGGUCGAUUUUACACAAGUAGAAACUUCGGAAACCGAUAAUACCCAAUGUAGCGCCGUUCAUCUUAGUGAUUGGUCGGUCACCAGUGGCUCGCAGACCGAUACUUCGCAAGCCACCAGUGUUGAGCCCGCCAAGCCAUCUAGCUACCCUCAGAUCUGGAAAACUUCGCAUUUGCAUUCGAGCAAUACAACAAUUCAUGCCAAGACGACAAUGGCUGAUAUGCCCCAGCUCAAGAUUUACUUCAGAAGGUACAAGAAAGAGUACACCUCCACGGCCGCUCAAGACCAAAUCAAAUGGUUCAGAUACCGCAUUGCAUGCUUGAAUACGGGCAAGAAGAGUGUUGCCAAUACUGAGAUGGCAGAUAUAAAGCUACAAUGGGGCAGACUCUUGGAGAGACGUAGAUGGUUGAAGCAAGAAAUGACGAGAAUCAAGCAUAUUUAUACAAUGGCAAAACGUAGACAUCAAGAACGCUUGAAGUAUGAAUUGAGGGCAAGUUAUGAUAUUGGAUUUAUCAAGUCACUUAGAAAGGAUUGA